UUCAUACUCGUUGGUUCAGUUUUAGAACGUCCCGCCCGCGUUUGCGCACUCGCGGUGUUGAUUUUUGUUGCCGGCAAGAUUUGAGAUCGUUUUUUUUUAAACACGACCCGACCACGCAACUUUUGGUUUACAAUCCGUCUAACCAAAAUGUGAAAUUCGUCAGUGUAUGUGAAUAAGUGCGUCAUUUUAAUAAAAGAACAUAUAAUUUUUAUACUGCAACUCUUGCAUCGGAUCCUGUGUUGUGUUAAAAAGUUUGAUACGAGUGAAAUUGUACCGGUAUUGGUCUUGAGUGUGGUAUCUGAUACCAAUUAGUUCUGAGUCAAGUUCAUUGUCAUCCUUUUUAUCUGAUUGAAAUACUGGGUUGCCAGUUAUAGCGCACAGCAUGCGCGGCGUCACGUGACAGAUGGCGUCGGACGCGCGCGCGCGCUCCCCGCAAGAUGGCGUCCGAAGGAGACGCGACAACAGGUCCCCUGUCGCCGUACGUGACUCUGGGCGCGGUGCGAUACACGGUGCGCCGAGCUCCUCCGCCGCGGGCCUGCCCUUGCCGCUGCUGCUCCGGGGAGGCGGUGGCGGCGUGCCUCGGCCGCGCCAAGCCGGACCGCCGCACGCUGGAGCGUCUCCAGCGCCGCCUGGGCCGCGGCUCGCGCGAUGAGCGGCCCUCGCGCCAGCAGCGCCUGAAGGAUUUCACCGAGCGGCUCAUGCCCCGCUCGCACGCCGCUCCGACCCCGCCGCCUCCGCCUCCGCCGCCGCCUCCUCCUCCUCACACAGCGCCCAUCCUGCCUCCUGUCCCGCCGCCGCGCUCGCGACAUCGACACAGCCCACCGCGCGGUGUCUCCGUGGACCGUUGUGAUGACUUUGAUACAGAUAAAAUUACACUAGUGCGUGUCGAACCUCGUUCGAUUGUCGGUUCAUAUGCCCAAAAAACAAUACCGUAUCGAAGUGCAUCGUUCUCUCAAGGGGACUUUGUUCAAGACAAGUACUAUCGCGGUAAACAGCCGUCGAUUUUUGAUUUCGGUAAACGCGUUUCGAAAACAGACAGUGCGCGUCGUGAUGAUUCCGCGAGUGUAACUGAAGAAAAUGUGACCGAAGGUGGUUCUGUCGCAUCGGUCGAUUCCGCGGUAGGUUCGGAUGAAGGAUUACUUGCGCAUGCGCUGCCGUCUGCGCGAUCUCCGCCACCUGACGCUUUACAUAAACAAUUAGGUGCGCGUUCAUUGACGCAUCCAUUGCCGCGCCGCGUGCCUCCUGUGCGGGAGGAGGACUCGACCGAUGCGGGUGGCAGUUUACCCGCGUUAAUGCCACCGCGUGUAUUGCACGAACUUCGCGAAGAGAGUGACGGUUCUCAAGCUGACAGUGCGCAGGCGCACAGUGAGGGCACUUCGCCCUUAGAACCUUCUCAACCUUUCGCAUUCCCACCCCUUCCCGCAAUUCCUUCAAAUGCGUGUGCUAAUGUGGACUGUGAGUGUGCUAGUUUUCCAACUGUUAUAGAAUCUGCUAGUGAGUUGGAUAGUUCAGUGCCGAUUCCCGUACCCGUGUACGAAUGCAUAGUGAAACAGUGGUCGAAGGAUACACAGCCAGAAGAGGCGCAACGUUCUGAUGCUGCGUCAGAUGGAUCUUUAGACCGUGACAAAGAGGAUGAAAUCAUAACAAGUGAGCAAGUUGCCCAUUUACUAGCAGCCGUUCAAAACCCAUGUACGCCCGCCCCUAUUGGCACUAGAGAGAGGCGUAGGCCAUUAGAUAAGACAAAGAGAAGAAAAGGCAUUUACAUUACAACGGCUAGUGAUGACGGGGGUGAUGAUCCUCCGCCACCAGUUAAUGGUUGUAACAGAGAAAGCAGUGACGCUUCGCUGCAGGACAUGAGAUUGUCAGCAGAAACGAGAACGUCAUCUGUACUUGGUGAUAAAUCAGACGAUUCGUGCACUAACGGACCUCCGAGUCCAAGUGAAACUGCUCCAAUGUGGUCGAAAACGGACGAUGUUAGAGCUAGGCGAGCUAGAUUUUCGCAACAAAGCUCGGACGAAAAAGAGGAGGAAGUGUAUAGAGUACGCAGAAAGUAUGGGGUCACGUCACGGGGUGAUUCGCCUUCAGAAGCGGAAAGCGAUUCGUGUUCGCGUGAUCGCACCGCUUCUCCAUCUCCAUUCAGCCCUUCAGACACAUCUGACGUGGAAGCCAAGAGGCAGCAGUUCACGAGGCCUUUCGGCAGAAACUUAGAAGCCCCCUCUAGCAGAUCAGUAGAAAUGGGCCGUAGGAGUUUUUCAGACGCAACAGUGCCAAGUCGUAAAAUAAGUGCUGGAGCGGCUCCCACGUCAGGACGACCGAAGGGAGCGCACACACACGUACGAGCGACGUCGUCACCGUCCAAAUUGGCUGGAGUUAAACCUGGAACCGAUCUGCUCGCCGAACUUUUGCGCGGCAGCUCUGAAGCACUCUCCAAUUCUUCAACAUUUGACAACGUCAUCCUCACCCUGCACCAGCAUAACGACACGCGAACACACGUGGUUGUGGAGUUGUAUGAGACAGAAAAAUCGUACGUGGAGGCUUUGGAAAUAUUGGUUAAGAAAUACCUCCACCCGCUCAAAAGCCCCGAAAACGCUGGUCUCCUGGACGCCUUCGUAGUGGAUGAGAUCUUCUACCAAGUGCCAGCUAUCCUGAACGUGCACCAGGAGUUCCUGGAGAAGCUGAGGAGGAGGCUGGAGCAAUGGGACCUGCAGCAGAGGGUUGGAGAUGUGUUCGUGGAUGUGUUUACAAAACCCACCGUGAUGGACACCUACAUGUCCUUUAUAAGCAACCUAAAAAAAGCAAAAGAAACGAUCAAGACAGCAGCCUCUUCCCGCCCGGCUUUCGCCAAGUUCCUGGACGCUAUGGCCAGGGACCAUAAGGGAAAACUAUCUUUGGAUAAUCUGCUAAUUAAGCCGGUACAGAAGUUCCCGAGCUAUAAACUGCUGAUUCAACGGCUGAUCAAACAUACAGAUCAGUCACACCCCGACCACAAACUCCUCCUCGACGCUCAAAAGGAGAUCCACAAUCUCCUAGAACUAAUCAAUUGCACGGAACGAGAGAGUUUAGAACUAGAAAUGCAGCAGCAAACCCUACGAGAUCUGGAACAAAUGAUCGAAGGGCUAUCCAACUUCGUGACGUCAGAGAGGACGUUUAUACGACACGAGACCGUGACGAUGCCGUCUGCGCAGGGCACGAUAAAAGAUCGUGCGUUGUUCCUGUUUAGUGAUACGCUGUUGAUUACCAGUGUUAAACGCCGCACGGGGACUAUAAAGAAACCCAUUCCAACAUACCAAAGUAGCAUAGCGAGCCAGAUGGAAGGCAACAAAUACAAGCUUCUGAUGAGAAUUAAUUUGGCUGAUCUCGAAAUUGUUAAAUCCAAAGACGAAAACCUGCGUCGCAUCAUGCACGAAGUGGAGACCCUCUCAGAGGACGCGAACACGCUGACACAAAUAUCGGAACAUGUGGCGCGUCUGCACGCAGCGCACGGCCCGCUCGAGGAGAUCGUGCGGGAGAUGCUGUGUAAUGUGCUGAGACAGCUGUCCGAGAGGCACAGCAGUGAUACACAGCUGUGUUAUAUGGAGAUCAGCGUCAAUACUUCCAGUGGUUCAGAAAAUCUGACCAUCAUCUUUCCUAAGACCGAGAAAAGGAGUAAUUGGGAGGAACUUAUCAACGAGACCAAACAAAAACUAAGUGUAUAUGGUCAAGAAAGGCCAGCUCCCGAGUUCCUAUCCCCAGUGCCGAUACGCAAGACGCGGGCGGGACUGCAGUUCACGUGUGCGGCGCCCACACUGCCGCCGAAAGGACAGAGUCCCGAUGUUUGGGUAUGCAACAGUGACGGCUACGUUGGCCAAGUGUGCGUGCUGACUCUGAGCCCGAAGCCGCAAGUGACGUCAUGCAAUGGCGUCUGUAAUGCGCGCAUUUUGUGCGUCGCUUGUGUUCCACCAGCUCCUGCUACUAUUGAUACGACAAGUUCGUUGAUCACUGCAGCAAACAAGCCAGGCAUCAGCAUUUCUGACACGGAUGAGAGCUGCAAGAAUAUACGACUUGAUAGUUCAUCAUCAAGCGACGACGAAGACGACGGCUCCUCCAGCGAGAACCAGGACGCUCAGUCCGAGAGAAGCCAAGAAUCCGGCAGUUUGCGCCUUACAUACAACAUGAAUCGAACCCUGACCCCCAACCAUAGCAAGAGCUUGAGCACUCCACACACAGGACAGAACAUACAAGUGCAUCCCGUGAUGAAGUCCAAUUCGAAUCCCGCUGUUGAUAAACAGGCCAUGGGAAUUACCACCGGUACUCUCUCAUCGCCAGCAAGCCGGCAAUCUUCAGAGGACAGUAGUACUACAGCGAACCAACCGACCAUGUGGCUUGGUACUGAAGAUGGCUGCAUACAUGUGUACAAUUGUUUGGAUAAUAUCCGGAUCAAGAAGAAUAAAGUGAAGCUGCAGCACAAUUCCGGUGUUUAUUCCAUUGUAUUUGUGGAGGGCAAAGUGUUUGUAGCGCUCGGCAACGGUGAUCUCGUAGUGUAUUGUAGGGAUAUUGAAGGUUCGUGGGCAGAGCGCUGCAGCAUCCCGGUGGGGUCGGGCAACACGCCGGUCAGCGCCAUGUUGCUCUCGGAGGGCCGGUUGUGGUGCGCUACACACGCGGCCAUCAAAAUCAUCAACCCGCACACUUUGCAGGUGGACGAAACAUUCCAAAUAAGCUCCGAAUCGAAGCCAAUCAGCCACAUGGCAGUAGCCGGUGGAGCGAUCUGGCUCUCACUGCACAACGCAGCCACGUUGCGUUGCUAUCACGCCAAUACACGGGAAUUACUUGCGGAGCUUAAUAUCACGCCGCAUGUUACUAAGAUGCUGCAUGGGUGUGACGACAUAAUCCGUCAGCACAAAGCUGCGUGCUUACGUGUGACAGCCCUACUAGCUCAUCGUGAUACACUAUGGGUGGGGACAAGUGCCGGAGUAUUACUUACCGCACCGUUGGCUGCCCCUGCACGAGCACCACCACAUCUUACUGGCAUCCCGUAUGGACACACUGGGCACGUACGGUUCCUGACCAUCGUGGAGAACCCAGUCCCUCACAAGCCAUCAACGAAGCCGACACAGACCUUGAAAACUAAAGGUCUAAGCCGGCGCUCGACCAACGCUGAAAAACUACAGAAACAAGCUGAUACCACCAAGAAUAAUACGGAAACCUUGAUAAUUUCUGGAGGAGAUGGUUACGAAGACUUCAGAAGUUCCACCAUGUCAGAAGACGCCGGACGAGAGGAUUCCACCAACCACCUUCUUCUCUGGAGGGUCUGAAGGAAUACUUCCCCACUACAGGGUCUAAUUUCGCCGAAAAACUUCGGCCGUUUUCGAUUUACGUUUGCUACGUUGUGCGACAAAUAAAGAGCCUAAUUGUAUUACGUUCUUAAACCGAAUUGUCCAGCUUUUUAAUGUUAUAUUUUAAAAUGCCCCCGAGGGCGAUAGAGGAUCGAGAUUAUUAACGUAAGUUAGGACAUUAAAUGUCGACUAUAUCAGUGUCUAAAUAUCAAACAAUUUUAUCCUAACAUUGUGCAGUAUUAAAAUUAUAGAUAUUGGUUAAGGCCAAAUGAUAUAUUUACGGUGUUUUAGAAUCAUUUACAUGUACCUAUUCAUAUCAAGCGGUUUUAAAUGUCUGAAAACGUAUUGCUGUUGUCGAAGUAUCGUGUAAAUUAAUGUAAUGGUUUUCCUUAGUGAAAAUUGUAAUACCUGUACCUAUACCUAUACCCGUACCUAUCUAUACCUAUACCCGUACCUAUCUAUACCUAUACCCGUACCUAUCUAUACCUAUACCCGUACCUAUCUAUACCUAUCGUGAACAAUAGCGCCCAUGUUGUGUAGAUAUCAUCAAGUAGCAUUCGAAAUUAUCAUUAGUGCAUAUUAUAAAUGUCUGGAUUAGUUCUAAGCCAUUUCAAUGUACUUUACAAUAGAUCUCGCGAUAGUAAUAACAGUCUAUGUACCUUAAUUGUUUAACUUCUAUGGAAUUUGAUUGCUCAAACCGAAUUCAAUGUAUGUUACCUACCAGGAAAUUAUUUUGAGAGCAAACGGAAUUGUAAAGAUUUAAAAAUGUAGGUAUAUUUAUGAUGAAUAAAGAAAGUUGCACUAAA